UCCUACAAUCUAUCCAGCAAUAUCUCAUUACAAAACCUUCAUCCUAUAUAGUCCUUUCAACAUUUCCUUGCCUUAGUUUCUUUAUCUGAAACAACCCUCUAACGAUAUCCCAUGGCUGCUGCUCCUCAACCAUCAACUUUAUCUGAAACAAUAACCACCAACUCGUCAUCGGAAAACAACGUUACGAUCAAGGAAAAGAUCUACACAAGAGUCCGUCUCGCUGAGAAAGCUGACCUUCACCAUAUAUAUCAACUGUUUUACCAAAUCCAUGCAUACCAUAACAACACUCACUUAUACAAAGCUACUGAAUCCUCCUUAGCGGACUUGCUCUUUAAAGAAAACCCUCUUCCCCUGUACUACGGUCCAACCGUGCUUCUACUCGAAGUCUCACCAACCCCUUUUACCGAAUCCAAGCAUACCACUAACCAAGGGUUCAAGCCCGUCCUUACAACGUUCGACCUUAAAUUCCCCGUCGUUGAAGGAGAGACGGAGGAAUUCAGGUCCAAAUAUGAUGACGGCAACGAUAAACAUGAUGUUUUUAUAGUGGGAUAUGCUUUCUUUUACGCGAAUUAUUCGUGCUUCUAUGAUAAACCUGGGUUCUUUUUCGAGAGUCUUUACUUCAGGGAAAGUUAUCGUAAGUUGGGAUUGGGAAGACUGUUGUUUCGAACUGUUGCGUCCAUUGCGGCGAACAACGGGUUCGUUUCGGUGGAGGGAAUAACUGCAGUUUGGAAUAAGAAGCCUUACGAUUUUCAAAUAAAUAUGGGAGUUGAAAUGCUUGAUGAGUUCAGGUACGGGAAGUUGCACGGUGACGCUCUUCAACAGUAUGCUGAUAAGGAGAAAAGUGAUGCAGGGGGCUGUUAGGCUUUUUUAAUUCUUUUAUUAGUCUUUAGUGUGUAUCGCGUGAAUCAAUAAAUAAUUUAUAUAGGAAGAAUAUAUCUUUUAUUAAAAUAAAUACAAUUAGCUAAAUGAUGAAAUGAAA